CAAUUAUUUUGAACUAUCAUGUAAUGCAAUACAUACAGUUAUUGUUGAAUCAAGUAUUUAACAGUUAUCGACGGGGCGAGUUGGAAAUUAGAACGAUUGAAGACGAGCAGAAUCUUUAGUAUUUUGUGAUUCAAUACAUGGUCAGGUCAUGGCGUAUGUUAAUGUUGCUGAAUGGAAAACUGAUCAAGUGUGCGAAUGGUUAAAAGGUUUAGAUAAUUCUGUACUUCCUUAUGUACAUAGUUUCACAAACCAUGGUGUCAAUGGACAACAGUUAUUGAAUCUAAGACCAGAAGAUUUAGAACAUCUUGGAGUGCUUAAACUUGGCCACCAAGAGAUUAUUCUAGAAGCUGUAGAAUAUUUAAGAAAUUUUCAUUAUGAGCUCGAUCGUGAGAACCUACAACUUUUGGCAUUACGAUUAUCUUGCCAAGCACAUAGUUUACAAAAUGAAUUGUCUCGUCAAACAGACUCGAAACCUGUUACCACUCAAACAUUAUCCGAUGUAGCAUCUGUUAUAAUGGCUGUAAAGCCUUUGGUGAGAUGGCUCGAUCGUCCUCCAUUUUCAGGACAGCUAGAAUAUAACGAUAAAAAGGUUGAAUUGAUGAAAUUAGCUCUAGAAAUGGCAACAUGUGCCCAAAGAGAUAGAUUUGCAGAGAAACCAAUAGAAGAAAUUAGAACGAUUUGUGGGCAACUGGCAAAAUUAGCGGAUUAUAUAAUUCAGGAUAUUACUGAUCCUAUGAUAUUGCAACCAACUAGCUUAGAUUUGGCUACAUUAAAAAAGAAACCAGGAGAUGACUUAGGUUUUUAUAUUUUACCAUCCUUUCAUGGAGCUCAUCAAAUUGCUGAAAUUAAAUUUGGAUCGGCUGCUCACCAGUGUGGUAAAAUGGAGGAAGGAGAUGAAAUAGUUCAAGUAAACUAUCAGACUGUUGUUGGUUGGGAACGAAAGAAUCUAUUGGAAUUAUUCCGUGAAAGUCCUGCUGAAGUAUUGUUAACUUUAAAACGUAGACCACGACAUACAAAGGUAUAUGGUCAAAUUUACAUAAAACCAUACCGACUUCCAAGCAAUAAAAAAACUUCGUAUACAACAAGAUGGCAACAUAAUCUUCCAUCGCCAAGGCCAGAGUUAUUGACCAUACCAGAUUUUACAAUGCCAUUACCAAGGCACAUGCCAAAGAAUCCCAGUCCAGAACCUGCAAGUAUUUUAGACACAUUAGAUAGUAGUGACUCUGAUAGUGAGGCAGAACCACCGCUAUCGAUUCGAUUAUAUUCAACAAAACCAAGGAAUUCUGUUCAAAGACGGGCUACUAUAACUGGUGCUAGUCCCACUACUAAACAUGGAAUUGAUAUUGAACAAUUUUGGAAAGAAUUGAAACAGGAACAUAGUACAAGUUCUCAGUUACGAGACAAAGCAGCAUCUUGUGCUCAUGGUUUAGAUAAUGUCCCUUCAAAUUUACGGCCGCAAUCAUGCUUAAGCAUAGAACAGAGUAAAAGAAGGAAGAGAUCUGAUGUACAAAUUGAUGAUAAAAAGUUACAGUUCCAAGAGAAAACUGUUAAAUCCGAUGUUCCUCAGAUUGAUAAUAAGAUUAAUGUUAUUCACGAAGCAAAGGACGAGAGCAAAAACGUUCAAAAUUCUGAGGACACGUUGACUAUUAAUAGUACUAACAUUUCCAGCCAAACCUCACCGACGUCAGCUAAUGUUACCAAUAACAAUAAUAAUUUUGGUGAUACAAGUGUGCCUUUAGACGAGUGCAACAAUUUUAUUAGAGAUAGACAUAGUAAUCAUAAGAAUAUACUAUGCAGUAAAGAGUCUAGUUCAUGUACUGUUAAAGAACGAGGUAAAUUGGAUAAGAGUUAUAGUACACCAGCAUAUGAUUUAAUGGAUGUUGAUAACAUUGAAGACAGAAAACAAAAAUUAUUUUAUACAUUAGAGUCAUCUAUAAAUAAUAUAAGCAAUGUAUUUACGAGUAAGACUGAUAUUGAAUUGAAUACUACAAGUUUAGAUAAUCAACAAAAAUUGGAAGAUAUUGGUGAUCAAGAACAAAGUACUCAUACGAUUGUUUAUAGUAGUGUUAAGAAUGAGGAACAAAAUAAUAAAGAACAAUUUGUUGAAACAUCUUUGCCAUCCAACUUGCCCAAAAUAUUUGUACAUAAGAUAACUGAGGCAAGUUAUAGAAAUAAUAUAGAAAAUAACCAAAGCAAUAAUGAAUGUAUUAUUUCUGAUGUAAAUAAGUAUGUCAAGAGAAAUAUAAUGAAUAAUUCAAACACUGAAGCGGAGAAUAUAUCACAAGCGUCUAAUACUCAAAGUUUUGCAAGUAAUUCAACUUUGAAACAUGAAAUAAAUGAAGAUAAAUUAGAGGUAAUUAAUAAUUGCGCGCAAAAUAAUAUUGAAAGCAAUUCGAACUUAAGUAGCUUUGGAAAAAUUCUUCAAACAUUCAAUUGUGCACCAGCAGAACAUUCGAAGUUAAUAGAAAAAAAAUCUUCUAAUAUAUUGAUGAAAGAAAAAACACUAGUUCCAGAGCAUUCACGAACAAAUUGUGAUUACAGUUCUAUCGAAGAUAAUAUACAGAAUAUUACUCAGAACAUUCCUCAAAUGCACAUCAGUCAAAAAAUGCAAAAUGAUAACAAAAAUAUUAAAGAUUCAGUUAAUCAAAGAAAUGUAGCACAGCCGGUCAAAUAUGUAGAGCAAACGAAAAGUGAAUCUACUAAAAAGCUUGAAUCUAAAUCUCAUUUAAUACCUCCAGACCCUCCUCCACGUAAAUAUUAUACAAAGUUAACGACUUCACAUUUUAAUAAUAUUUCGAAAACUGUUGAGGAUCAAGAGAAACUUUAUCCAGUUCAAAAACCCAAUGUUAGAAGAGAUUUAAAAAAGCAAGAACAUUAUACAGAAACUCAUAUUAAAAAUAACGUGGAUCUUCUGGAAAAACAUGACUACUUAGAUGUUUGUGAUAAUUUUACAGAAAACUCAAUUGAAUACAUUGAUGAAGCAAACAAUUUAGGUAAUGAGCAUAGACCUUGUUUAAAUAUGGAUUCUUCGUUCAUAGAAUGCAAUGAUAAACAAUUGAAGGAAGACAAAUCUAUCUGUGAUAAGUUUGAACCUUUUAUUGAGAAAUAUGGUUACACCAGUUCAACAAUUGAAAGUCAUAAUCUAGAAUGCUACUCCCAAAAUAUGGAUUCUUUAGAUGGUUCUUGCUCUUCAAAGCAAUUACAACUUUUGGAACAUAAAUGUAAAAGUAAUGAAAAAGAAAAACAUUUUGAAAAAGGUGUAGUUAAUAAAGCUAUGAUGGUUGCCAGAAGCAUUGGACUGCAUGGAAGUUUAAGCAAAUCAUCUAGUAGUAGUCCCAGAAGUAGUAGAAAAAGAAGUAUAUUAUUUGCAAAGAGAAGAAAUAUUUCCGUUAAAGAUAUAGGUGCAGGUGAUUUGGAAGGGUGGUUAACAUAUCGUACAAGGGGUGCUGGCGGGGCAUGGGCUAAAGCUUGGUUUGUCCUAAAAUGUUCCUCCCUAUACAGGUUUAAAACUCAAACUAGCGUGAAAGCAGAUUGUCUUAUAGCUUUGACAGGAUUUACUGUGUCCCGAGCUUUAGAAGUAAAGUCUAGAAAGUACGCAUUCAAAGUUUACCAUACAGGAACAGUAUUUUAUUUUGCUGCAGACACUGAGGAUACUCUUACUAUAUGGUUGGAAGCAAUUAACAAAGCAACUUUAGGUGCUGACAGUCAUAGUAGAAAUAGUGCACUAUUCAGUGAAACGGAUGAGAGCGACGGCGAACAAAAACCCAAAGUUAAAAACGUUCAAGCAUCGGAAUAUAAGCCAAAUUUAGAAAAAUCAUUUGGCUCGUUGAAAAAAGUUGUUCGUAAGGACUCUACCGGAUAUAAAGAUCAUGAAAUAAGUGGUGCCAGUUUAGACAGAAAAUAUUUAAAAUUUCUUGGUACAAGAAAUCACAAUGUACCUGUUCCAACAGCACAAUUUAGAAGUUACAGGAGAGUACUGCCAACAUCUACACCCAACAAGAAGCAGGAAUCGGUUUCAAAUUCAUCAGACUUACAAAUAACAAUUGCGGAAAGCACAUUUUAUGGAUUAUGUGCAUCCCAAAGUGCUACUGAUAUGUCCAGUAGUACUCAAGAUAUGGGUGAUUAUAGGCGUACAACAGACAGGUGUAUUACUAGAGGAAGUAGAAGACCAGAAGAGUUGCAGGGUUUUAUCACAUUGGAAGAAUUUAUGUUGUCACAGCAAGAUGAUAGAAGACCAAUAAUUAGAAACAGACCUGCGUCUCCGCAUAUAACACCUUUAACUAGUGAUCAUGUUCAUGUUCAACACAGAAAUUUUCAUGAUAAUGGAACUGUUACCGAUCAGUCAAAAACCGUGACCGAUACAGCGGUCAGUAAUGACAUUACACAUGCUCGAAGUAAAGCAAAUGGUGAAGUUACCAAUAACACUGCAUACGGAUAUGCAAGAAACGUGGAUACUUUACAUACAAGACAAUUAAGCGGAGAUUUUGACUCGGAGAGAUGCGAUAAUAGAGGAGAAUCAUCGAAACAUCCACUUCAAAAGAAAUCAAAUGAACCCAAUUAUAUGAAUUAUUUAAUGAACCCUCAUUUAAAGAAUAUUACAAACGACUCAAAACAAAUAGCAUCCUUUUAUCAAACCAAAUCAGAUAUCGUUGAACCAUUUGACAGGCAAGAUAAUGUGGCUUGCGAGUACAACAAUACUUGUAUGUAUUCACAAUUUUCAAAUCAUACAGAAACCUCUAGAUCGUAUGAUUAUUAUUCAGCAAAGAAUGUUAGCAGCUUCGUAGAUGAUACGAAAUCAGCAUCAAAACGACUUGCCCGAAAUGACGGUUGCUCCGGAUCAAGUAGUGAUCUUACGUAUCACAUUUAUGAGACUCUACACCGCGCGAAGAAAGAAGCAACUGUAAGUCGCAAAGGAAGUUUCAACUUAACGAAUCGUCGUGAUCAUUCUUUAUCGGAUAAACAUUGGUUGGAUUCUUUACGGCGAAGCGAUAAGAGGGACACCGAUUCCGACAAAACACGUUUAAAAAAUGUAGCACAGUAUCAGCCACCGCCUAUCCCAACGUCUCCAUUUGAACAAGAAGGAAUGACAGCUGCAUUUGAAAUGCAUUUGGAUAAACGUGAACAGGUCCAGAAACCAAGUCGUUUGAGAAAUUUAUUUGGUAACAAGUGUCAACAGAAACCUUGUACGCUUGACCUUCCUAAAGAAACGCAGAAAACAUUACUGGGUUCGCCAAGGUUACACAGAGCCUUGUUCAGAGAAAAAGGUUACAAUCAAUCACGAUUACCCAGUCGAUCCAAUAGCCAAAGUCCUGGUGAUAGUGGAAUCAGUCAAUCCGUUAGUUCCUUUAGCGGAAAUAGUCCACAAACGUAUAGUCAAAGUUUCGCUUCUAUUAGUUUUGUUAGCGAUUGGAGUCCUGACACACCAUCACCGUGUACUCCAAGCCUGACGUCAAAAAAUGGUACAAAUUAUCCUGCAUGCCAGAAAGGAUUUACGAGCACAAGUAGACAUUCAUUGAAUCCACCAACAUUGCCUUAUAUACCACCACCCACGUCACCACCACCUGAUUAUCCUGGUUUAGAAUAUCCACCGGUGUUCGAACCUGGUACCUAUUCUCUCUUGGACGCUUCGUUAUUACGUAAUCGUAAUAAAAGAAAUCGUGACACUCAUUAACCAAUGAUAUUACGUCUUAAAUCAGUAAUUUAUAUUAUAACAGCCAAAGAUGAUUUUUCCCCCCCGCUAUUCAUUAAUAUAAUCAGAUGUUUCUUAUGAGAAAUUUAAGAAUUUAUUAGUAUUUUUCUAUAAAGUAUUCGAAUUUAACCGUCCAUUUUAUAAUCACUCAAACGUUAUCAAAAUUAUUUGAUAGAAAUUGAGAUCGUGAACUAUCCACUCGGAUUAAUACAGAAAAAUUCGAAUACAAAUUAAUUGAGUGGACGACUGAAAUGAACGAAACCGCAUACUAUUAUCUUCGUAGGCAUACUUGAUGAUCUACCAGUUGUAUCUAAUUUGAAUGAAUUCCAUUUUGUUAUUAUUAUUAUUUGUAAUUAUUGUUAUUAUAAGCUAAUUAACUCAAGACACGUCAAAAUACUUCAGAGGAGUAUUACGAGAGCAUUGUAAAUGAAUUAUUUAAUUCUACAUUAAUUGUAAACGUAUAUUUACAUAUAGAACAUUAUUAGGCCAGUCUUAUAUUAUGUAAAGAACUAUUAACAAACUUUAAUAAUUUAUUACUUGAUGAAUAUAAUACUAUCAAAAAGUAAAAUAUAUUACAUAAAAUAGGAAGCAUUAACUAUUUACAAUGUCAGGAUAAAAAUUAAUUUUUGAUACACAUUAGUCAUUUUCAGUAUAUUUCUAUUUCAUUCCUGAAAUGGGAUAGCCUUUUUAUUAUAAAUGUACAUAGAACAUUACAUUAACAAACGCUUAGUUUGAAGUAUAGAUAAUUGAAGUGUCCUUAUAUAUUAAUAUCAUGCAAGAAUAACAGAAAUUGCAUUUCAAACAAAAAAUCAAGGAAAUAUCAUCGCAUAGCACGGUUUUUAAAAUAUUUUUUUAAUAAUUUUGCGAAUAAGGUGGUCUGUACAACUGGAACAAAUCACUCUUUUCUGUCAUAGUUAGACAAAAAUAUUAGAUGAAAAAGCUGAAUGAUUAAAGAAGUAAUUGUGUCAUUAAAUCCAUAUUUUUUGUCACAAGUACAAAGUUACAUAUAUGCUUUAUAUUUGCAGUAUUUCUUUUGAAUGAAAAUAUAAAUUUUUAGCAUCAAAUAUUCUCACUAUUCCUUAUACAAAGAAAGAUCAGUAAAUGUCUUCAUAAAAGUAUUAAUAUAAUUCUCCAUUGGAAUUUUAAUUAUUGAUGUACAACAUAUUUUUAUAUAUCCUUUCUUCCUGUAGAAUUUAAAUAAUAUAUAUCUUGUAUUUCUUUGUCAGAAUCGAGAUAAGACUUGUACUAAUUGUGUAGGCUGCUCACUAUAUUAACAUAUCGCACAUAUGCUUAUAUACAAUGUGAUGAUGUGUAAAGUGCCUACAUAUCUUUCUUAAACAAUUUUUGUAUAUAACUAAGUCCAGGUUUUAACUCUUAAUGUAAUUUGAGGAAUAUGAUUUUUAGAAUAAUUUAUGCUCAAAAGAUUUUUGGAAAGUAUUAUAAAACUAUAUGUCAUUGAAAUUAUUUACAAUGUAUUUUCUGUAUUUUUGUAAUAGUUUGUAAUUAUUAUACAUAUUUUAAAUAUAUUAAGAAUGGUUUUAUUAUGUUUCACGAAAUCUUGUUAUGAAUUCAGUGUAAUUAGUAGUAUGAUUAAUUUAUUUACAUGAUUUACAUUCACAGAGAUAUAACUAGACAAAAUCAAAUUUUCUACAUACAUAUAUAAAGAAAAUUCUACAUUAUAUUCCCUUUUUUAUACAUCAUUUUCUGGAAUGUAGAAUAUAAAAGAAUUAACUUAUUAAUUGAAGGACUUAUUACAGCAAAAGUGAAAUAAAAAUUUUAUUAAUUUUUAUUACAAA